GGGGCGCUGCCAAAGCGGAUCCCUGCAGCACCGGAGUGCGGGUGGCGGCGCAGAGGAGAGCGAGCCAGACGCGUCCUGCAGGAUCACCUGUCACAAAGCAGCUGUGAGUGAACAAAAGCAGCUCAGCAUUCCUAUGCAUGAGACAGAAGUGCCUGGCUGAGGAUUCCAUCCCACACAAGCCCGUGAGAGUGAUUUCCCAGCCAUUGCUUUGGCUUGCAUAACCAGAAGACAGGCUUGGCUGCUCAAUGCCUAUGUGCACCCCACAUUCCAGUGAGGGAAGAAGGGUGGAGCUUCUUGGAUGACGAUGGAUGUUCUACUGUGCAGGAUGAAGGCAGAGUGUGUGACAUCGCCACCACAAAGGUGCUGCAUGAUCUGCCUUGUCUCCCUUCCCAGCCAGCACUCCGCCUCCUGUGUCCAUCAUGGUGUUUGGUGAGUUUUUCCAUCGCCCUGGACCAGACGAGGAGCUUGUCAACUUGAACGUGGGGGGCUUUAAGCAGACGGUGGAUCAGAGCACGCUCCUGCGGUUCCCUCACACCAGACUGGGGAAGCUGCUUGCCUGUCACUCUGAAGAGGCCAUUCUGGAGCUGUGUGAUGAUUACAGCGUGGCCGAUAAAGAGUACUAUUUUGAUCGGAACCCCUCCUUGUUCAGAUACGUAUUAAAUUUUUAUUACACGGGGAAGCUACACGUCAUGGAGGAGCUGUGUGUAUUCUCCUUCUGCCAGGAGAUCGAGUACUGGGGCAUCAAUGAGCUCUUCAUCGACUCCUGUUGUAGCAGCCGCUACCAGGAGCGCAAGGAGGAAAGCCACGAGAAGGACUGGGACCAGAAGAGCAAUGAUGUGAGCACCGACUCCUCCUUUGAAGAAUCCUCUCUGUUUGAGAAGGAGCUGGAGAAGUUUGACCAGUUGCGAUUUGGACAACUCCGGAAAAAAAUCUGGAUUCGGAUGGAAAACCCAGCCUACUGUCUAUCGGCCAAGCUGAUUGCCAUCUCCUCUUUGAGCGUGGUUCUGGCUUCCAUUGUGGCUAUGUGCGUCCACAGCAUGUCUGAGUUCCAGAAUGAGGACGGGGAAGUGGAUGACCCCGUGUUGGACGGGGUGGAGAUUGCCUGCAUCGCCUGGUUCACCGGAGAGCUUGCCAUCCGGCUAGUUGCUGCUCCCUGCCAAAAGAAAUUCUGGAAGAACCCUCUGAACAUGAUUGACUUUGUGUCCAUUAUUCCCUUUUAUGCCACGUUGGCCGUAGACACCAAGGAAGAAGAAAGCGAGGACAUUGAAAACAUGGGUAAGGUAGUCCAGAUCCUCCGGCUCAUGAGGAUCUUCCGAAUUCUGAAGCUGGCCCGGCACUCAGUAGGCCUUCGAUCUCUCGGAGCCACGCUGAGACACAGCUAUCACGAAGUGGGGCUGCUGCUGCUUUUCUUAUCCGUAGGAAUUUCCAUCUUCUCCGUGCUGAUCUACUCUGUGGAGAAAGAUGACCACUCAUCCAGUCUUACCAGCAUCCCCAUCUGCUGGUGGUGGGCCACCAUCAGCAUGACAACUGUGGGCUAUGGAGACACCCAUCCUGUCACCUUGGCUGGCAAGAUCAUCGCCAGCACCUGCAUCAUCUGUGGCAUCUUGGUAGUGGCGCUUCCUAUCACCAUCAUCUUCAACAAGUUUUCCAAGUAUUACCAGAAGCAGAAAGACAUUGACGUGGACCAGUGUAGUGAGGAGCCACCAGAGACGUGUCAUGAGCUACCUUACUUUAACAUUAGGGACGUGUAUGCGCAGCGGGUGCAGGCCUUCCUUGCGAGUCUGUCUUCUGUGGGCAUCGUGGUGAGCGAUCCUGAGUCCACAGAGGCUUCAAGCAUUGAAGACCAUGAGGAUGUUUACCAAGCUGCAUCCUUGGAGAAAUGCACAGUCAAAUGAGCAGGGACAUUUGUGCCUGUAUCUUGUGUCCCUUCCCGACAUUAGGUUAACAGAGCUUUAUAAACCUCAAUGGGUUUGUUAAAAAAAAAAUCAUGUAAUUCUCAGGGUGUACCUUUUAGCCAUAGUUGGACAUUCAUUGCUGAAUUCUGAAAUGAGAGAAUUAUCUUUAUUUUUCUCAAUUAAAUGCCUUGUUCUGAAAUUUAUUUUUUACAAGAGAGAGUUGUGAUACGGUUUUGGGGGAAAAAAAAGGUAACUGAUAUUGGGUGGGAUUAGUUGCUACGGCUUGUAUAUCAUUCUGUGUUUGUCAUUUACUCACAUUGAGCUAACUAUAACUUACUGAUGAGUAGAAUCAGAGGCCCAGCUGACUGAAGAGUACAUGCAUGUAAGAUCCACAACAUGAGACAAUGCAUGUAAAUCCAUGUUCAUGUUCUAGGCAUGGAAAUUAGGAGCCCAAUAAACGUCCUAAUUCAGUACGGA